CAUCACCGCCUGCAUUUUCUGAUUGUUGUACUCGUGAUAUCGACAUACUUCGAGUAAUCCCAGUUGCCUCUAGUUAUUAUCAAGUACGAAAAAGAUGCUAAAGUAUUAUUUGAAGUUAAUUUUAUAAUUAUAGUGAAUUCACAGUCUUUAACACAAUUCAACGUUGCAGUUGCGAUUGAAAUGAGAGGUUAGAGGCUUUAUAUUAGAUAUAUUCUAGGUUAGGAUAGGCAAACGCGUGUUUAUGGCAGCUGAUAAAUAUAUAUACAGCUGGACCUGACAUAUAUAGUCUAUGAAAAAAAAUAUCCAAUGAUGAAUCCGUUGACAAAUCGCUUAGUAAAUACUUCGAAAUUCAUGUGCAAAAGUAAUUGGAGACGUGUCCACACGUCCAGAAAGCUAGCGGUCUUUUAUGAGCCGGACAGAAAGUCGGGCUUUCCAAAUAUAUCAGAUUAUAAGGAGGAAAAGUUGAAUCCUUUUCAAAGAAUAUAUAGAGGUUACUUCCAAUUCAUUGAGGAAUGUGGAAAGUUGAAGGAAGAAAUUAAGAAUUCUCUCCAAUUGGAUCCACCGAUCGUGAAAUUUCCUGGUGAAGUGGAUGUUCAGUGGAAAUUCAAUGGGGAUCCAAAGAUCCUAGAUAAAUGGGUUGUAACAUGUGACAGUGACUACAAUCAUGGAUAUUCAAAAGCGACGGUAUCAUUAUCGCCAACUGGAGCUGGAGUAUUCUCCGGAAUAAUAGACACACGUGUCCCUCAAGAUGGUAAACUGCAGCGUGCUGGUUUUUGUAACCUUAGAUCGGUCAUACAACGCGGUCCUUUCAAAAUUGAAAAGCCAUAUCAGUGGUUCAGUUACACUCACCUGAUAUUGCGAGUUCGCGGGGAUGGACACUCAUACAUGAUUAAUUUACAUUUAAAAAAUGACUUCGAUGUUACGUGGGCAGAUCUUCACAGUUUUCCACUCUAUACCAGAGGAGGGCCAUACUGGCAGUACGUUAAAAUACCAUUUUCCAAAUUUUACCUAGGAAACAGAGGGAAAAUUCAAGAUUCCCAAUUACCUCUACGACUUUGGGAAGUGAUGUCCAUAAGUUUUACUGCUGCCGGCAUUUCAGGACCUUUCAAACUCGAAAUUGAUUAUAUUGGAGUUGAAAAUGACCCCAAGCAUUAUGAACAAUUUGCCUAUGAAAUGUAUAAACCACCGCACCCCUAUUACAUUUAAAGUUCCCUUUAUCGUUAUGUUUAUAGUUCAGUUAAAUAAACAAAUUAGUUUGAAUACUUUAAAAUAUUCGCAGGUUCAUUCAAUUUAAUAUUAAAAAGUUACUGUAACUUAUUGCUCAGUAGCAUUGACUUGGGACUUUCAAACAUCAAACGUCAAGAUAUAUGUCAUUCAACAAAUUCUCAUUUCUCUCCAUCCCUUUCACAAUUACAUUUUCCUUCAUGCCAUUGUUGUGAUCAUGCAAAUACAAAUAAUUCAUUCAACUGUUCAAAUUUUUAUAGUAUUUUAAUCAUCAUAAAAGUAAACAACAAUAAAAUUUAUCCAUAUGUACCGUCACGAUGGUGGAUUUUCCGAGUGUUUUUUCUUUGAAAGAUAUUUAUAAGUAUUUUUCGACAUCAAAUAACUAAUACCACCAGCCACUGUAGUGAUGGCUGUUAGAUAACAGAGACCCUGGAGGAGUGGAUGGUCAACGAAGUGAAAAACUGGAGCUGCAAGAGUACUGGCAACUAAUGACAGUUGAACUGCUGUAUUUAAUUUACUAGUCAAUGUGGGAGCUAGCUGAACUGUUGCAUACGUCGGAUCAAAAUACCUCGUUAAUGUUUUCUGUAGCAGAAUUAAAAUAGUAGUAAUAAUAUUGUGAAUAUUGUACAGCAGUGAUGAGAAUAAAUUAUGGAGUUUCCAACAA